AAUCUUAUUGUAGCUGCAGCAAUCCUAGAAGAUGAAACUGAAGCAAUAUUCGAGUGGGUUCUUCAAGAAUUAAAAAAUUCUUGUGAUAUUACACCUGUAGUUCUCUACUCUGACGCUGAUCCAGCUAUGUUAUCAGCAGUAC